AGCUAGCAGUAAGCUGAAGUGGCCUGCAGUACUGCACUCUAACCACUGCGCCACCUCGGCUCUUAAUAUGCCAAGCCUUGAAAUUAGGUUUAUGCCGGUGCAGCCCUCACCUAUCCUGCUAAAAAGGGGUUGAAGAGAGACAGGAGAUGGGCUUUGGGUGCUGUAGGCUCCCUUAUUCAUCCAAUUAUUUCCCCCCCCCCCCAGGUGUGGUGGCAGUUUUGUUCUGUGGCAUCACUCAAGCUCACUAUACUUACAACAACCUGUCCACAGAGUCGCAGCACAGGACAAAACAGUUGUUUGAGCUUCUCAACUUCUUGGCGGAGAAUUUCAUCUUUUCCUACAUGGGGCUCACGCUGUUCACCUUCCAGAACCACAUCUUCAACCCAACCUUUGUGGUUGGAGCUUUCCUGGCGGUAUUCCUGGGAAGAGCGGCAAACAUCUAUCCCCUCUCUUUCCUACUUAACCUGGGGAGGCGAAACAAGAUUGGGACAAACCUUCAACACAUGAUGAUGUUCGCUG